UGGAAUUAACUCAAAAAAAAAGUGUUCCACCUAUGAUAAUGACAAAAAUGAUAUUUAAUCUUUUAUUAUUUUCAAAAAAUAUAAAAUAUCUGAAAAAUUAAGAACGCGCCAGCAAGGCCAUCCCCAACGACCAACGCCCUCCUCUUCAAACCUCAAAAGACAAAAAUACAAAACCGCUCUAAAGACCUUUGGCGACAAUUGGCAGUUGAUUCUUAAGAUCGCGACUCAAAAGCGCAUAUGGAAUUUGCUUGGUACGGAAUGGAAUUAAUGACACAAAAAGCAGAAGAAUUCAGACAGGAUUACACGGAUUCCAAACUCAGCAUUGUACAAUCGCAUUUCUUUAUCCGGAUCAAUGAGCACGAAUCCGCGUAUAAACCGAUCGUUUUCUGUCAACUCCAAUUCAGCAUUUCUUUAUCCCGAUUUACAUUUUCUGUAUUUUGAGGGGAGGGCUCUGUUUGCGUGCUGAGAAUGAUGGCUUCUACUGCACCUCUUCCGUCACAAAAGGAGCUUGACGAAAUGCUCAUUCAGUCUGGAAUUCAGCUCUCUACACCUCCUUCAUCCACUGCCGAGCUUCUCAGCCUCCUUGAAAAAGUUGAAUCGGAACUGAAGAGCAUAGGGCAAGACCCUUUAGAGUCGACGAGAAAUGUACUUAAACCAAUUAAAAAAGCACUGAUUGAAAGGAAGCUUCUGAGACAUUCUGAUAAAAUCAUUGAGGUUUCUGUUGCAUCUUGUAUCUGUGAAAUUAUGAGAAUAUCUGCACCAGUUCUACCCUAUGAUAAUACAGAAAUGGAGGUCGUUUUCCAUCAGAUUAUAGCAUCACUGGAAAAGUUACAUUACGUUGAUAGUAACUACUAUAGUAAGGCUCUGAGAGUUCUUGAAGCCGUUGCUAAGUACAAGUUGUGUGUGAGGCUACUGGAUUUUGACUAUGUGUUAGCUGUUAACAUUUUCCAACUGUUUCUCAAAAUCAUCAGCCUCAAGCAUACCAAUGCUGUAUUAAGAGACAUGGUAGACAUCAUGUCUCAGCUCAUAGAAGAAAGGGAUGAGGUCUCAAUUGAUUUUCAAGUAUCCAUUCUUGAUAGCCUCAGAAAGAGAACUCUGGCUACUGCACCUUGUUCAACACUAUUGGGAAAAGAAGUCUUGGAAAAGUGUCAUGCCAGAUUGAAGCCUUGUCUUUUACAAUUAAUGACAGAUAUGAACAUGAAUUUGGAUGAUUAUUGCAAUGUACUUGGCUCAGUAAGGCAUACUAUUGCAAGAAGUUUGGAAUUGAGUUGAGUUGGGUUGAUGUUCUCAAGCUUCAAAACUUUGUUAUCUAUUAUCUCCUGGCAGUGGAAUGUUUGGUAGUAAAUAGAUGCAAUAAUUUUAAAAUCAUAGAAGCAUUUGUCCUUAAAGAAGUCUUUUAUGCACUGUCUAGAUUUGAGUAGUGUGCAUAAGUCAUGGGCAUCUGCAUGUUUUAUGCUGUCACUUGCAAUUAUACAUUGAGAUAUGAUGAGAAUAUUCUUCUGUGUCUGUGUGUUUGUGGGAGGAGGUUUCCUUCUAAUGGAUAACAGUCUAAUGUUUCAUGAAUGAUCAGGUUGAAAAUGCUGGUUCUGUACCA